GGGCACAGGUGGGUGGCACUGGUGGGCACAGGUGGGUGGCACAGGGGGGCACAGGUGGGUGGGCACAGGGGGGCACAGGUGGGUGCACUGCUGGGCACAGGUGGGUGCACUGCUGGGCACAGGUGGGCGGAGCUAGUGGGCGCACUGCAGGGCACAGGUGGGCGGAACUUGCGGGUGGCACUGCUGGGCACCGAUCAUCAGGGCACUGAUCAUCAGUGCCCUGAUGAUCGGUGCCGAUCCCCGCUCUGACAACUGCCGGUUCUCGGCAGUACUUUCCUCACGAUCUGACAGCGUGAGGAAAGUGCAGCCGAGAACCGGCACUUGCAU